UGCUGAGAGGAACUCAACAUAAAUGCUGUGCAACAGUGCUUCAGAAAAUUCAAGUGAAACGCAGGCAGCAACUGAGGAAAAUCUGAGCUUUAUGGACAGCACAUAUUAAAGUACUUUGCAAGUCAUAUUCUCUGCUGGCUGGGAUUUUGUUAAAGAAGGAGAAAUGCAAAAGGCAGAAGAUUUUGUUGCAAGAAAUGAUAUGGAGUUUUUGUUACCACAAAGGGACAGGGAAUGUAAUUAUAAAUUGGUUAGUCUUGUUCUAUUCACUUUUGCAGCAGUGACAGUUCUGGUGCAUCAGCAAAGUUUGGGAGGAUUUACAUCUUCUAAGAUGUUGGAAGACAAUGCGACAUCUACAUUGGAGAAUGUUCAAGCUCCUACUGCAUAUCACAAGCUCCAGUUUCAGCAUCAUUCAAGAAAGAAAAGAUACACACUGACACCCACAAAGCUAAAAUGGGACCACUACAAUCUUACCUACAGGAUUUUGUCAUAUCCUAGCAACCUUAUAAAUGAAAGUGACACAGAAAAAGGAAUUAGAGCUGCCUUUGGGAUGUGGAGUGAAAUCUCUCCAUUCAGUUUCAGACAAGUUCCUGCAGACAAGCCAGCUGAUAUUAAUAUAGGGUUCUACUCCAAUAACCAUACAGACUGCAUGGAAAACUACCUUCAUAGAUGCUUUGAGGGAAUAACUGGAGAACUCGCCCAUGCAUUCUUCCCUCCUAGUGGAGAAAUCCAUUUUGAUGAUGCAGAGUAUUGGAUAUUAGGAAAAACUCGAUUUAGCUGGAAGAAAAGAGUAUGGCUGACUGAUCUUGUGCAUGUAGCAGCACAUGAAAUUGGACAUGCCCUUGGUUUGAUGCAUUCUUUGCAUAUAAAUGCUCUAAUGCAUGUCAAUGCAACACUGAAUGGGAAAACAUCCAUCACUCAAGAUGACUUGUGGGGAAUUUACAGACUUUAUGGUUGUGAAGAUAAUCUGUUUGUGUGCCCAUCCUGGUCUCGAAAGGGAUUCUGCAAUUCCCGGAGAAAAUUAAUGCAAAAGCAUUGCCCUUUCAGUUGUGAUUUCUGUUAUGAAUUUCCAUUUCCAACAGCCACACCAACAGAAGUUCCACCCAGAACUAAAACAAAAAUUGUUCCUGUGGGCCGAAAUGUCACUCUUCACUGUGGACGCAAGAUUAUAGAGAAAAAGGGGAAAAUUUUCUGGUUCAAAGACAAGGAGUUGCUGGAGUAUACCUUUCCAGGUUAUCUGUACCUUAAUCAUGAUCACCUCAGACUCAUUUCCAAUGCGAUUAAUGAGGGAACCUAUACCUGUGUGAUAAAGAAAAAAGACAGAAUUCUUACCACCUACUCCUGGAGGAUAAUUGCUAAAGAAUAGUGAUUGCAAAGAAAACUAGAAAGUUGGAAUAGUUUUUCUGCACAACUUAUCAUCAAGCCUGACCAAAUAGACUUCAAAAGCCUUUGUAAACCAUAUUUACAACAAGCAAAAUGCAAAAAAUGAACUCUGCAGGUUAUUCUGUUUAGCAGUGAAAUGAAUGUAUAUUCAAAAAGAUGCACUCAAUUUAUAGCAGCCUUGCAGUCACAGUUUUAUGGAUUUUAUUUUUGUAUUAGAGCUGUUUAUUCCAGGCUGGUCCUGGCUUAUCUCUGUAUAGAUUGCCUCUGCUUCUGUUUCUGUUUGAAUACAUUGCUGAUACUACAACACAACAGCAUUAAAGUACCCACCACUUUCAUUAGCAAAGAAGAGCAUUCCUAAUUCCAUCUGUGCUGCAGAGCCACUUUGAACAGGGAAUUCAGCAGAAGGGUUUUAGGCCUUCAGAGAACAUGUGGCACCUAUGCUGCUCAGCCUUUCACGUUAGACAUGGUCACCUUACACUUAUACUCAAGUUGAAAUUAAGCACUGCAAACUUCAAUAGUCAGAAGGUGAAUGUAAUCUGCACAAUAUAUUCAUUAAUUAUGACCAGAUUUGUUAAAGAUACAGACAGUGAUAUUCUUCCCUGCUGUUGCUUACUGACACAUACAUGGCAAAAGUAAUUAUGUAACAUUUUCUAAACAAAAAGUAAUCAAAGGUCAACUUGAGAGACAGAGCGACACUGUUAAUAAUCAAAAACAUGUUACAGAUCUUUAAUGAUACUAGAUGGAAGGAACACCCCCUCAGAAGACCUACCAAAAUGAGGUGGUCUAUUUUUGUAAUACAUUUUGAUUGCCCUCUUCUACCUACUGUGACAGGAGCCUGCCUACUGCAUCAUACUUCUCAGCCUCUUUGUGCAAGAAAUCUGGGCAAAGCCUAAAAUAGUGGGGGAACAAAGGCCCACACAUAUGGACUUAUAAACUUGGAAAGUCGCUAGAAUAAUAGGAUUUGUGUUAGCAUGCAUUUUUUGAAGGCUAUGAAGUCUAAAACACAAAUGUAUGUCAUUAUUUAGUGACUUCAGUCCUCAGUGAUUUGCCAGAAAACUACAAAUUUUAUUACGGACAGACCAAAAAUAUGAGGUAAAAAUCUGGAUGUUCUGCAGAAAUCUGCACAGUUAAGAAGAAUGCAUUGUAUACCAGUUCUUAUUAAAUUCUACUAUGUGAUAAGGUGGGCAGCAGAAUCCCCGAGCACAUAGUGCAGGGAUGUACUUUUUGUUAUCAUGCCUUCCUCAGUUGUUCCCUUCUCCUCCUAGCACAUGAUGUAUAAUGCUAACAGUAGAGAAACAACAUAUAUGUUUCUAUCAGUAAGCCCAGCUGCAGAAAUCUAACUUCAUCUUUCUCCAUCAUUUACUUACC